AUCGACCCAAACGGCUCAAAACCGGACAAUUUAUACGUCCGUUUGGGUCGUGUGGUUGGAGAUGCCCUCACACCCUCAUUGCUCAUGCGUGACAGAGAAUAGCAUUUGGCUACUCAUUCGAGGGAGAAUUCACGCUCUCCUAAUCUCCUCUCGCUUAUCUACAUUUCCCUGGAAACACGUCAGCUGGUUUAUCUGUUGCGUAUAUACACAUUUCUGAGGAUGGACGUAUGCACUUUUAGUUAGACAGUGUACAUCGUGAGACCGCUUUGCACACCUGUUUCCCAGCACCCCCGCUGCACAAAUGGUGCCACCCUCCUCGUGCGAUUCCGCAAUAUAGACACCUCAGUACCAAGCAACCUGCGCCACCGCAUGCUCUGCCCAUUGAUCGAGUCGAGCAGCGAACACCAUGGCAGUCCGUCUUCACCAUUUCCUCAUCCUCGCCGCACUCCUCCCGCUGCUUGCCACCGCAUCAGCGUCGACUGCCGGCGACAUCGCGGCGACUAGCACCAAGAAGGUGCGCGUGGAGGUCUACUACGAGUCGCUGUGCCCCUACUCGGCGCGCUUCGUGGUGAACCAUCUUGCCAGAGCGUUCAAGGACGGUCUCCUCAACGGCGCCGACGUCACCUUCGUCCCCUAUGGCAACGCCAAGGUCGGCGCGUCCGGCGCCAUGUCCUGUCAGCAUGGCUCCGACGAAUGCCUUCUGAACACGGUGGAAGCUUGCGCCAUCGACGCCUGGCCAGAUGUGAAUGUGCAUUUCGGUUUGAUCUACUGUAUCGAGGACAUGGUGGUGAACAACAGGCGUGCCGAGUGGGAGUCCUGCUUCCAGAAGCAGGGGCUUGACGCUAGCCUUGUCACCAAGUGCUACAGGAGUGGGCAUGGCGCCAGGCUCGCGCUCCAGCAUGGGAGACAGACUGCUCAGCUUGUGCCUCCACACAAGUUCGUUCCAUGGGUCGUGGUUGACGGCAAGCCGCUCUACAACGAUUACCGGAACAUUGAAUCUUACGUCUGCAAGGCAUACAAGGGCAAUCCUCCCAAGGCUUGCCAGGGCCUAGGCGAUCAGUAUCCAAUCAUACAACAGGUGGUGGAGCCAGACCACGGCGUAGUCGGUUCCAACUCCGGCGAUAUCGAGCCCUGUCGUGCUUCCUAUGACGGCGCCGAAGAAAAUAACAUGGUGCUAGCAGACGGUGACGUUUGAUAAGUUUCCUUUUGGGGAUCUUACAUGUGAACAUAGAGCAUGCAGUUCGGGUCUUUCUGAUCAGGUUAAUAAUGGAGACUAGAUCUCCCAGUGUGUAAUAAAAUCAGUUAGGCCUUGUUUGGCACUAAAGUGGUGUGGGGAUUAGUGAGGUAAUAAUACUUUAAAGUAUUGGGUGAAAUUCUA